AUGUCUGCUAUGGCAGGUACUAGGUCACCUACAUCCCCAUGGCCCCAAGAGCGUCAAAGCCUGCAGCCUGAGGGGUCCUCAACUGCGACAGCUCUUUUCCCCUUGUGUGAUCCGCAUCAAUCUCCUCUUGGACCUAUCAGUUCUCAAAACACAUGCCCUGAAAGCCCAGGUCAUAAUUACUUCUCUAUCAGUGUGGAAAACCCUAGCAAUGCAGUGAGGGUUUGUGAAACCUUACCAUACGCUCAACCACCGGCGUCCAGUCCCAAAGCACACAUACCCAAAAAUAAGGCAUCUGAAGAAUGCGUGGGCUCUCCAAGAACUGGACCAGGGGCCGGCGAUGCGCACAGCGACUCAACGACCAUCAAGCUUUCUUGGAACCCCGGCUUACAGAGGAGAGGGCUUAUGCCUUCCAGAUUGGACGCAUCUUUAUUACAACCGGUAUCUGCAAAUGGAUGUGCAGUCUCGGCCGAGCACUGUGCAAAGCUUCUCGAAACUUCUUACCAUGAGACCAUGUUCUUGGACGUGCGGCCCUAUGCGCAUUUCACAAAGGGGACUAUAAAAGGGUCUUUAAAUCUAUGUAUCCCAACAACACUUCUCAAGCGCCCCUCUUUUGACACACAGAAGUUAGCAAACACCUUCACAGAUGAGUUUGACCGGACUAGUUUUGCGAGGUGGAAGCAUUGUCGCUAUAUUAUCGUCUUCGAUUCUGCUACUCGUGACAUGAAGGAUGCAAGCUCGCUGGUCAAUGUUUUGAAAAAAUUCACAGCUGAAGGUUGGAAUGGCGAAGGAUUAAUACUCCUUGGAGGCUUCACGGCCUUCUCGUCCCGUUUCCCUAGCCUUACCCAAGAACAGCGACCACCACCGUCAGCAUCCGAGCUGUCUUCAAAGAACCUUUCACGAAUGCAUAUUGACCUCCCAUCGGUUGCUCCAGUUGUGGGUGGAUGUGCCUUACCGGAGUCAUCACAUGCCACAAUUCCUUUUUUCGGGAAUAUCCGACAAAACAUGGAUCUCAUCGGCGGGGUCGGCCAGAUCCCUCUUCAACUUCCACCUAAUCUUUCGGGAUUUAAAAGAGGUCUACUGCCUUCAUGGCUGCGUGAAGUUUCAGAGGCUGCAGACAAAGGCCGCAAAGUUUCAGAGAGAUUUUUGGCACUUGAGAAGAAGGAGCUAGAACGUAUGAAAUUGGCGCUCUCUUACAAGAAAUCUACCGACCAGACCAUAAUUGGUUGCCCGACUGAAAAUUUUCGCGUCGCGGGGAUUGAAAAGGGCACCAAAAAUAGAUACAACGACAUUUAUCCAUUCGAACAUUCCAGAGUCAGACUGCAGAACGUGCCACCCGGAGGCUGCGAUUAUGUGAAUGCAAAUCACAUGAAAUCAGAUUAUAGUGGUAAGUGUUAUAUAGCUACUCAGGCCCCUGUGCCAGACACAUUCACUGACUUUUGGCGGGUGGUUUGGGACCAAGAUGUACGACUCAUCGUUUCUCUGACCGCGGAGGUGGAAAGAGGACAUGUCAAGUGCCACCCCUAUUGGGAGUCUGGGGACUAUGGGCCGUGUCUGGUCAACAAUUUCUCUCAGAGAUAUAUCCAUUUGGGUUCCCAUGAUCCGCAGCUAAGCGAAAUUGAGCCUGAGAAAUCAGAGGAGUCCGGCAAUCCUUACAUCAUCGUCAGACAUUUUGGCUUAUAUAGCUCAGAACGGCUUUUCCAAUUGUUGGUCAAAUAUGCCUUUCAGCAGUUGUAUGGCUCACAAUUUCAUUCAACUUACUUGGCUUUUGACUUUGGAAACUAUGAGCUCGAUGUAAAGGCAUGUUCGUUUUCAAGUUGGAGCACCCAAACACUCGCCAUCGUCGGUCGCGGUCAAGAGAAAGUUCACCUUUUUCGUAUCAGAAGGGGCCGGCUUCAAGCUAUAUGCCAAAUUUCUCCAUCUUGGGACCAGCCGGGGGCAGCGGAAACUCUCAAAACAGCCUUUGAUGGUGAUGACGGGGUACACAUUCUUCGGCGUUUUAUACCUGCUCUAGACGGAAAUGACACGAACGCGAGGCAUCCAUUUGUCAGGCAAGCAAUGCAAUCGAACUCCAAGGGAAUGUUCUACCUUUCCCAGCAUUCUCUUCGAUCUCCCGAUGAGCCUGUCCGAAUAUGUGCCUUUCCUGAUCAUGUAGAAUACGAGCCCCUUGCUCUUGCAGUUGCACACGGAAGCACCUUUGCCAUUUCCUGGCGGCAUGUUCGUGACCACAGCGAAUAUGAAGUGGUUCUUUACAGUGCCCUCACUGAAUCGAAAAGCAGUCCGAAGCCUGGAGUAGUCGGUUCGUUUUCACAAUCCGGAUUCAUUCGGGAUCGCUCUUACCACGAGCAAGGCCCUGUAAUGGAACUCGCAUUCAACGACAGAUCCAGUCAAUUGCUUUACCGUUACCGUGCACAAACCCUGUACAGCUCAUUCCAAAAUAUCGAUGCGUCGAUUUUCCCGAUUCAACCUACGCUAUACAGGAAUUCAUGCCCCGUGCAGUUUACAGAUUCAUUAAAUUUGCUCUUUUCCAUUGGAAUACCAUUUCAUGGUACACAUGAAACCCGGGUUCAAAACGGGGUCCCCAGAUGCCACUUCAAAUACCUUGCAUUCGGGAUGGCUACCCACCGAGAAGAAGGCUGGACCGUCGCUUGCCUCCUGCGAUCCAGUGCGGUCUGUCGGGCUAGUAACUGUGAGCAUAUAUUACAGCUUGAGCGCGGACGGCGAUUACCGGAUUGGACCAUCGUGGCACGGCUCUGGGGCUUCCAAAAUCCAAACAAUUCCCUUGGCUGUAAAGUUGCUGCAGCCGGACACGGGACACGUAUUGCUGUUGCAAAUUGGAAUACUGUCUACAUCUGGGCCUUGGAACCAAAUGCACUCAUUGAAAAAAACGCAUCUGGAUUUUAUCCAGCUUCGUCUUGGCCGGCGGGCUCUGAGAUGAUUGAGUUACGGCCUAUAGUUCUCUCACUUGAAGCUGUUUGUUUCCAGCUGUACUUCGCUGAGAACGAAAACGAAUUGGUGGCCCUUACAGACCAAGGUUUGAUGUACUGGGAUAUUAGCCCAACUGGGAGAGGAAACAGGAUAACCUAUGAGGCGUGCAUAGACAUGUCAUUAGGGUCGAAAUGCUUGCUUGCGAAGAAGAUAGAUGAAAGCUAG